AUGGCACAGGUGAGGCUUCAGAAUGCUGUGGAGCCAAUGCAAGUUGAUGCACCACCUGAAGAUAAUGAUAACAAUGAAGAAGAUAUCUAUGUAGUUGAAAACCCAACUUUAGAUUUAGAAGUGUAUGCAAAUAGUUAUGUUGGAUUAGCAAAGUUAUACAGGCUAAUUUACAUAAUAGAUCACUGUCCAUCUCUUAAACUAGAAGCUUUAAAAACAGCUAUAUCAUAUGCCAUGACAACAUAUAAUGUAAAUUUGUAUCAAGUUUUACAUCAAAAAUUAGCUGAAGUUACAACAGCUAUGAAUGUGCCUGACGUAGCUGCCCAAUCCACUUCUCAAGAUAUACCAACAAUUGAUAACAUGUGGAUGGAAACAAGAUCAAAAAGAGCAGCCCUAAAGCUAGAAAAACUUGAUAAUGAUCUAAAAAACUACAAAUCAAAUUCAAUCAAAGAAAGUAUUAGGAGAGGACAUGAUGAUUUGGGUGAUCAUUACUUGGACUGUGGAGAUCUUUCUAAUGCAUUAAAAUGUUACUCAAGAGCUAGAGACUAUUGCACAAGUGGAAAACAUGUAGUAAAUAUGUGCUUAAAUGUUAUAAAAGUAUCAGUUUAUUUGCAGAACUGGUCACAUGUAUUAAGCUAUGUUUCAAAAGCUGAAAGUACUCCAGAUGUUUCUGAAACACAAACAAAAGACUCUAAUCAAGCCAUAGUAACUAAAUUAAAAUGUGCAGCUGGUCUUGCAGAACUGGCAACAAAAAAGUAUAAAUCAGCAGCGAAACAUUUCUUGCAAGCGAAUUUGGACCAUUGUGAUUUUCCAGAAUUGCUUUCACCAAAUAAUGUUGCCAUGUAUGGAGGUCUUUGUGCUCUUGCUACAUUUGAUAGACAUGAGUUGCAGAAGAAUGUAAUUGGUAGUGGAUCAUUUAAGUUAUUUUUGGAAUUAGAACCUCAAUUGCGUGACAUAAUUUUCAAAUUCUAUGAAUCAAAAUAUGCGUCUUGCUUAAAACUAUUAGAUGAGGUCAAGGAUAAUUUGCUUCUUGAUAUGUACAUUGCUCCUCAUGUUAAUACAUUGUACACUCAGAUUAGAAAUAGAGCAUUAAUUCAAUACUUUAGCCCCUACUUGUCUGCUGAUAUGCACAAAAUGGCUGUAGCUUUUAAUAGAACUGUACCUGCAUUAGAAGAUGAGCUGAUGCAGCUUAUUCUAGAUGGACAGAUCCAAGCUAGAAUAGAUUCUCACAAUAAAAUUCUAUUUGCAAAAGAUGUUGAUCAACGCAGUACAACUUUCGAAAAGGGUUUAUUGAUGGGGAAAGAAUAUCAGAGAAGAACUAGAAUGCUGAUAUUAAGAGCAGCCAUUUUAAAGAAUAAAAUUCAUGUGAAGAGCCCACAGAGGGAUUCAAGUCAAGCAGGAGAAAUAACUGUGGUACCAUUUUGA